ACAGACCCGCCCCGGAGACCGUGAAGGCGGCGUCUCAAGGCUGGGGCACGGGAGGGAGGGCGGCCGCCGUGACCUCCGCCGCUGAGGAAAAUGGUAUUCGAGUCACUGGUCGUGGACGUGCUGAACCGGUUCUUGGGGGACUAUGUGGUGAACCUGGACACGUCCCAGCUGUCCCUGGGCAUCUGGUCAGGAGCUGUGGCCCUCAAGAAUCUUGAAAUUAAAGAAAAUGCUUUGAGUCAACUGGAUGUACCAUUUAAAGUUAAAGUUGGCCACAUAGGUACUCUUAACCUUGUGAUUCCAUGGAAAAACCUCUAUACUCAACCAGUUGAAGCUGUAUUGGAAGAAAUUUAUUUGCUCAUAGUGCCUUCUUCUAGAAUAAAAUAUGAUUCUUUAAAAGAAGAAAAACAACUCAUGGAAGCAAAGCAGCAGGAAUUAAAAAGAAUAGAAGAAGCAAAACAAAAAGUUGAUCAAGAACAACAUCAGAAUGAGAAGCAAGACACUUUUGCAGAAAAAUUAGUCACUCAGAUCAUAAAAAAUCUUCAAGUGAAAAUUUCCAACAUUCAUAUCCGUUAUGAAGAUGAUAUUACAAAUCGAGAUAAACCACUUUCAUUUGGUAUUUCCCUUCAAAAUCUCAGCAUGCAGACAACAGAUCAAUAUUGGGUUCCAUGUUUACAUGAUGAAACUGAGAAACUAGUUCGUAAGUUAAUUCGAUUGGAUAAUCUUUUUGCCUAUUGGAACGUGAAUUCUCAGAUGUUUUAUCUUUAUGAUUAUGAUGAAUCAUUGGACAGCUUGAAGAAUGGUAUUGUCAGUGAAAACAUUGUUCCAAGAGGUUAUGAUUUUGUAUUUCGCCCCAUAUCUGCUAAUGCCAAGCUCCAGAUGAAUCGCCGAUCAGAUUUUGACUUUUCUGAUCCCAAAAUAAACUUGGAGGUUGAGUUACAUAACAUAGCAAUUGAAUUUAAUAAACCACAGUAUUUCAGUGUUGUGGAGCUUCUUGAGUCAAUUGAUAUGAUGAAACAAAAUCUGCCUUACAGGAAGUUCAAACCUGAUGUGCCUCUUCACUUCCAUGCCAGAGAAUGGUGGUGUUAUGUUAUACAUGGUGUUCUUGAAGUAAACGUGUGCCCCAAAUUACGAAUGUGGUCAUGGAAGCAUAUUAGUGAACAUAGACAAAAAAUGAAGCAGUAUAAAGAAUUGUAUAAAAAAAAGUUAACAAGUAAGAAGCCACCUGGUGAAAUUCUCAUGUCUUUGGAGGAGUUGGAGAAAACCUUGGAUAUCUUUAAUAUAACUAUAGCUAGACAACAGGCAGAAGUUGAGGUAAAGAAAGCUGGAUAUAGGAUUUAUAAAGAAGGAGUAAACGAUCCAGAGGAUAAUAAAGGAUGGUUUAGCUGGCUGUGGACUUGGUCAGAAUCAAAAACCAACAAGACUAAACAGCAACCAGAUGUUAAACCUGGAAUUCUUGAAGAAAUGUUGACACCCGAAGAAAAAGCUUUACUCUAUGAAGCAAUUGGCUAUAGUGAAACAGCAGUUGAUCCAACUUUGCCCAAAACAUUUGAAGCCAUGAAGAUUUUCAUUCAUUUGAAAAGCAUGUCUGUUGUUCUAAGAGAAAGUCACCAAAAACCUGAGCUCAUAGACAUUGUUGUAGAAGAAUUUAGCACUUCAGUUGUGCAAAGACCAGGAGCACAAGCAAUAAAAUUUGAAACCAAAAUUGAUUCAUUUCAUAUUACUGGCUUACCAGAUAAUUUUAAAAAGCCUCACCUCCUGACUUCUUUGGAUGAUAUGUCACUCUUCCAAAUUAUAUUUGAGAUAAAUCCACUAGAUGAAACUGUUGCUCAGAGGUGUAUCAUAGAAGCUGAACCUUUAGAAAUAAUAUAUGAUGCAAGGACAGUGAAUAGUAUAGUGGAAUUCUUCAGACCUCCUAAAGAGGUACAUCUAGCACAGCUCACUUCAGCAACUUUGACAAAACUUGAAGAAUUUCGAGACAAGACAGCAACAGGUCUUCUGUAUAUUAUUGAAACACAGAAAGUUCUUGAUCUCAGAAUUAAUUUGAAGGCUUCAUAUAUUAUUGUCCCACAAGAUGGAGUUUUCAGCCCUACAUCAAAUCUACUUCUUUUGGAUCUUGGUCAUCUAAAGGUGACAAGUAAAAGUCGUUUGGAGUUACCAGGUAUGAAACAAGGUGGAGCCGAUCUUGAAGAGAUAAGGCGUAGAGCUUAUGAUUCCUUUGAUGUUCAGCUUACAAGCAUACAACUGCUUUAUAGUCGAGUGGGUGAGAAUUGGAAAGAGGCACGAAAACUUAAUGUAUCUACACAGCAUAUUUUGGUACCCAUGCAUGUCAAUGUGGAACUCUCUAAGGCAAUGGUUUUCAUGGAUAUUAAGAUGCCCAAAUUCAAGAUUUCUGGAAAGCUACCUCUUGUUUCCAUACACGUCUCAGAUAAGAAACUGCAAGGGAUUAUGGAAUUGGUUGAAAGCAUUCCAAAACCUAAACCUGUAACUGAUGUAUCUGCACCUGUCAAAUCAUUUCAGAUUCAAACAUCUUCUUUGGGAACAUCACAGAUAUCACAGAAAAUAAUUCCCCUUUUGGAACGUCCAUCUAUUUCUGAAGAUGACUCAGAGGAGGAAUUUUUUGAUGCACCAUGUAGUCCCCUGGAAGUACCUCCUCAGGUUCCAACUAGAGUUAAAAGUAUUCAACAAAGAAAGUUACAAAAGCAAGACUGCCUGGUAAAUUUGACUCAGUUCAAAAUACGAUUUGAAGUAGAAGAGGUUUUGAUUCAGUUUUAUCACCUUGAAGGGGAUUGUGAACUACCUGUUGUAGAAAUUGAUGUUUUAAGGUCAGGCAUGGAAGUUGAAAUUAGAACAUUUGAUUUGAAGGCAAAUGCCUUUUUGAAAGAGUUCUGCUUAAAGUGUCCAGAAUUCUUUGAUGAAAAUAAAAAACCAGUAUAUUUGGUCACAACACUGGAUAACACAAUGGAAGAUCUAUUAACACUGGAAUAUGUGAAGACUGAAAAAAAUGCACCUAACUUAAAAAGUACCUAUAAUAAUGUUUUACAGAUGAUCAAGGUGAAUUUUUCCUCUUUGGAUAUUCAUUUACAUACAGAAGCACUUCUGAAUACAAUAAAUUAUCUUAAUAAAAUCUUUCCACCCUCUCUGGAAAAAUCAGCCUCAGUGUCUGUUGAGACUGAAGACAAAGGAGAAGUCAUUAAAAAAUUAGCUUUCAAGCAGUCUGUGAAUGAAGAUGUUAUUACUUUGCAGAUUUUAGCAGAAUUAUCAUGUUUACAGAUUUUUAUUCAAGAACAGAAACGUAACAUUUCUGAAAUUAAGAUUGAAGGACUUGAUUCUGAGAUAAUUAUGAGGCCUUCAGUAACUGAAAUAAAUGCAAAGCUAAGAAAUAUAAUUGUUUUGGAUUCAGAUACAAUGGCUGUAUACAAAAAGGCUGUUUAUAUCACUGGAAAAGAAGUUUUCAGCUUUAAAAUGGUUUCUUACAUGGAUGCUACUGCUGGUUCUGCUUACACAGAUAUGAACGUGGUAGACCUUCAGAUUAAUUUAACUGUUGGUUGCAUUGAAGUAGUUUUUGUCACAAAAUUUCUGUAUUCUAUAUUGGCUUUUAUAGAUAAUUUUCAAACAGCUAAAGAAGCCUUGGCUGAAGCAACUGUUCAGGCAGCAGGAAUGGCUGCUACUGGUGUAAAAGAACUGGCACAAAGGAGUUCAAGAUUAGCACUGGAUGUUAACAUCAAAGCCCCAGUGGUGGUCAUUCCACAGUCUCCAGAUUCGGCAAAUAUUUUUGUAGCUGAUUUUGGACUAAUUACCAUGACCAAUAAGUUCAUUAUGGUGACAGAGAGCCAGAGCAAUCCUCCACCUGUUAUUGACUUGAUAACAAUAAAGCUGAGUGAAAUGAGACUUUACAGGUCUGAAUUUAUUAAUGGUGAAUACCAAGAAGUGCUGGAUCUACUACUGCCACUAAAUCUUGAAGUGGUUGUUGAGCGAAAUUUAUCCUGGGAUUGGUACCAAGAAGUUCCUUGUUUUAAUGUAAAUGCUCAGUUAAAACCCAUGGAGUUUAUUCUUAGUCAAGAAGAUAUAACAACUAUUUUUAAAACAUUGUAUGGAAAUAUAUGGUAUGACGAAGGUGUUAGCGCCUCAUCUGCUGUAACUAAAGACCAAAGUAGUAGUACCAGUGCAGCCACUAAUGCUUCACACCAUUCAGGAGGAACAACUGUGGUGACAGCUGCUGUGGUAGAAGUACAUUCACGUGCCUCUCAAGUUAAAACAACACUGAAUAUAAGUUUCAGAACUGAUUAUCUCACCAUGGUACUAUAUAGUCCAGGUCCUGAACCGGCUUCCUUUUCAGAUAUUCGUGAUCCUUCUCUGCAGCUUGCUGAAUUUAAAUUGGAAAAUAUUAUAAGUACGUUAAAAAUGUAUACAGAUGACUCUACAGUUUCCUCUCUCUCAUUAAAAAAUUGUAUUUUAGAUGACAAAAGACCUCAUGUCAAGAAAGCAACCCCUAGAAUGAUAGGACUAACUGUCGGGUUUGACAAAAAGGACAUGAUGGAUGUAAAGUACAGGAAAGUCAGAGAUGGUUCUGUAACCGACGCGAUCUUUCAAGAAAUGUAUAUUUGUGCAAGUGUGGAGUUUCUGCUGACUGUUGCCAAUGUCUUUCUUGAGGCCUAUACCACAGGCACCAUUGUAGAAAACACUGUUCAGACAUGGACUACUAAGGAAGAAGUGCCUUUACAGGAAUCAGAAAAAUGGGAAGUUAACAUUCUUAUUAAAAAUCCAGAAAUUGUGUUUGUGGCUGACAUGACAAGUAAUGAUGCUCCUGCUUUAGUCAUUACAACACAAUGUGAAAUUUGCUGUAAAGGUGACCUUGAAAACAGUACAAUGACUGCCGCCAUUAAAGAUCUCCAAGUCAGAGCAUGCCCAUUUCUUCCAGUCAAAAGAAAAGGCAGAGUUGCUACUGUUUUACAGCCCUGUGACUUGUUUUAUCAGGCUACUCAGAUAGGUACAGAUCCACAAGUGAUUGAUAUAUCAGUAAAAUCACUUACACUAAAGGUUUCACCAGUUAUCAUAAAUACCAUGAUUACUAUAACUUCAGCGCUUUAUACAACUAAGGAAGCCAUCCCAAAAGAAACCACUUCUUCUGUAGCACAACUAUGGGAAAAGAAGGAUACAAAGAAUUUAAAAAUGUGGUUCCUUGAAGAAUCAAAUGAAACUGAAAAAAUAACUCCUACAGCUGAAUUGUUACCCAAUGGAGAGAUGAUGAAAAUAAAUAUUGAUUCUAUUUUUAUAGUUCUGGAAGCUGGAAUUGGCCAUAGGACAGUGCCUAUGCUUUUAGCAAAAUCACGUUUUUCAGGAGAAGGCAAAAACUGGAGCACAUUAAUAAAUCUCCAUUGUCAGCUUGAGCUAGAAGUUCAUUAUUACAAUGAAAUGUUUGGUGUAUGGGAACCUUUGCUUGAACCCUUAGAAAUUGAUCAGACUGAAGAUUUUAGACCAUGGAAUCUGGGAAUCAAGAUGAAGAAGAAAGCCAAAAAGGCCAUAGUUGAGUCUGAUACUGAAGAGGAAAACUACAAAGUGCCAGAGUAUAAAACUGUCAUCAGUUUCUAUUCAAAAGACCAAUUAAAUAUUACAUUAUCCAAGUGUGGCCUUGUAAUGUUAAAUAAUUUAGUCAAGGCAUUUACAGAAGCUGCUUCUGGAUCUUCAGCAGUCUUCAUAAGGGAUCUAGCACCAUUUAUGAUUUUGAAUUCUCUUGGACUUACUAUAUCAGUUUCACCAAGUGAUGCUUUUAACGUACUGAAUGUGUCUAUGGCAAAAUCAUAUAUAUUGAAAAGUGAAGAGACUUUAAGUAUGGAUUAUGUGGGAACUAAGGACAAUGAUCAUUUUAGUGCAAUGACCAGUUUAAGCAGCAAACUCUUCUUCAUUCUUCUUACACCUGUCAACCACUCUACUGCUGAUAAGAUUUCUUUAACAAAAGUGGGACGCCGUCUAUACACUGUAAGACACAGAGAAUCUGGAGUUGAAAGGUCUAUUGUUUGUCAGAUUGAUGCAGUGGAAGGAAGUAAGAAAGUAACAAUCCGCUCACCAAUGCAGAUUAGAAAUCAUUUUUCAGUCCCAAUCUCUAUCUAUGAAGGAGACACUUUAUUGGGAAUUGCUUCACCUGAGAAUGAAUUCAACAUACCAUUAGCAUCUUAUCGAUCAUUUCUUUUUCUGAAGCCAGACGACGAGGACUAUCAAAUGUGUGAAGGAAUUGACUUUGAAGAAAUUAUAAAAAAUGAUGGAGCUGUUCUGAAGAAGAAAUGUAGAUCUAUGAACCCUUCUAAGAAAUCAUUUAUUAUUAAUAUUGUUCCUGAAAAAGAUAAUUUGACAUAUCUAUCAGUAUAUUCAGAAGACGGUUGGGACUUACCAUACAUAAUGCAUUUGUGGCCACCAGUGCUACUCCAAAAUCUUCUUCCUUACAAAAUUGCUUAUUACCUAGAGGGGAUUGAAAACACAGUUUUUACUCUAAACGAAGGACAGUCAGCCCAGAUUAGUGCUGUACAAAUGGACAAAGCCAGACUACAUUUAAAAUUACUUGACUAUCUUAAUCAUGAUUGGAAAGGUGAAUAUCGCAUAAGAUCUAAUCAACAAGACAUUAGUUUCAUCACUUUUACCUCUGUUACAGAAAUGGAAAAGAUUGACUUAGAUAUUGCUAUCCACAUGACUUACAAUACUGGUCAGACUGUGGUGGCAUUUCAUAGUCCGUAUUGGAUGGUGAAUAAAACUGGUCGAAUGUUACAAUACAAAGCCGAUGGAAUUCAUCGAAAGCAUCCACCUAAUUAUAAAAAACCAGUUCUCUUUUCUUUUCAGCCAAAUCACUUUUUUAAUAACAAUAAGGUUCAGCUUAUGGUAACUGAUAGUGAAUUGUCAGAUCAGUUUUCAAUUGACACAGUUGGUAGUCAUGGAGCCAUUAAAUGUAAAGGCCCACAGUUGGAUUAUCAAGUUGGUGUUACUAUAGACCUCAGCAGUUUUAACAUUACAAGAAUUGUGACAUUUACCCCUUUUUAUAUGAUUAAAAACAAAAGCAAGUAUCAUAUAUCAGUGGCUGAAGAGGGAACUAAUAAAUGGCUCCCUCUUGAUUUGGAGCAGUGUAUCCCCUUUUGGCCUGAGGAUGCUUCUAGUAAACUUCUUAUUCAAGUUGAAAACAGUGAAGGUCCUCCCAAAAGGAUAUAUUUUAACAAGCAAGAAAAUUGUGUUUUGUUGCAUCUGAAUGAUGAGCUUGGAGGUAUUAUAGCAGAAGUUAAUUUAGCUGAGCAUUCUACAGUUAUUACAUUUUCAGAUUAUCAUGAUGGAGCAGCUCCAUUCCUAUUAAUAAAUCAUACCAAGAAUGACCUUGUUCAGUACAAACAAAGUUCUCUUAGUGAAAUUGAAGAUUCUCUUACUCCUGGAAAAGCAGUGUUUUAUACAUGGGCUGAUCCAGUGGGCUCUAGAAAGCUGAAGUGGAGUUGUGGAAAAAGUUAUGGUGAAGUAACACAAACAGAUGAUAUGAUGACAGCUAUAAAUUUAGGAAAGAACACCAUAUAUUUAGUUUCUUUCUUUGAAGGCCUGCAACGCAUUAUUUUAUUCACUGAAGAUUCAAAGGUGUUUAAAGCAACAUAUGAAAGUGAGAAAGCAGAGUUAGCAGAGCAAGAAAUUGCACUGGCAUUACAAAAUGUUGGAAUUUCUCUUGUCAACAAUUACACAAAACAAGAAGUGGCCUACAUCGGCAUUACAAGUUCUGAUGUAGUUUGGGAGACAAAGCACAAGAAGAAGGCAAGAUGGAAGCCAAUGAGUGUAAAGCACACCGAGAAAUUGGAAAAAGAAUUUAAGGAAUAUACUGAAUCUUCACCUUUAGAAGACAAGAUUAUUGAGUUGGACACCAGCAUUUCGGUUCGCUUAACACCUAGUGGUAAUAGCAUGAAAAUUCUGCAACCACAUGUAAUAGCUCUCCGAAGAAAUUAUCUUCCAGCAUUAAAAGUUGAAUAUAGCACAUCUGCUCAUCAAUCAUCAUUCAGAAUUCAGAUUUAUAGAAUACAGAUCCAAAACCAGAUUCAUGGUGCUAUUUUCCCAUUCGUGUUUUAUCCUAUUAGACCUCCAAAAUCUGUCACCAUGGACUCAGCACCAAAGCCCUUUACAGAUGUCAGUAUUGUCAUGAGAUCUGCAGGACAUUCCCAGAUAUCACGUAUUAAGUAUUUCAAAGUAUUGAUUCAAGAAAUGGAUCUCAGGUUAGAUCUUGGAUUUGUCUAUGCUUUAGCAGACCUUAUGACAGAAAAUGAAGCGACUGAAAACACAGAGGCUGGGCUUUUCCAUAAAGAUGUAGAAGCUUUUGAAGAAGAAUAUGAAACGGUUUCUCUAGUAGAUCAAUCACAAGUCAGUCUCUAUGAAUAUUUUCAUAUAUCUCCUAUCAAGUUGCAUCUAAGUGUUUCACUGAGUUCGGGUAGAGAAGAAGCUAAAGAUUCAGAACAGCAUGGAGGACUGAUUCCAUUUCAUUCUUUAAAUCUUUUGCUGAAGAGUAUUGGUGCCACCCUUACAGAUGUACAAGACGUAGUUUUUAAGCUUGCCUUUUUUGAACUCAACUAUCAGUUUCAUACCACAUCUCAACUACAGUCUGAAGUAAUAAAACACUAUUCAAAACAGGCCAUUAAGCAGAUGUACGUACUCAUUCUUGGACUUGAUGUUUUGGGAAAUCCCUUUGGCUUAAUUAGAGAAUUUUCAGAAGGUGUAGAGGCAUUUUUUUAUGAACCUUACCAGGGAGCCAUCCAGGGUCCUGAAGAGUUUGUGGAGGGAAUGGCACUAGGACUCAGGGCACUUGUUGGUGGAGCCGUUGGUGGAUUAGCUGGUGCUGCCUCAAAAAUCACUGGUGCUAUGGCUAAAGGUGUGGCAGCUAUCACAAUGGAUGAAGACUACCAGCAGAAAAGAAGAGAAGCCAUGAAUAAGCAGCCAGCUGGUUUCAGAGAAGGGAUCACUCGUGGAGGAAAAGGCUUGGUUUCUGGUUUUGUAAGUGGCAUUACAGGAAUUGUUACGAAACCAAUCAAAGGGGCUCAAAAAGAAGGAGCAGCUGGUUUCUUUAAAGGUGUUGGGAAAGGUUUAGUGGGAGCAGUAGCCAGACCAACAGGAGGCAUCAUAGACAUGGCUAGCAGUACAUUUCAGGGAAUAAAAAGAGCUACAGAGGCUUCUGAAGUAGAGAGUCUACGACCUCCUCGAUUCUUUAAUGAAGAUGGAGUUAUCAGACCUUACAGAUUGAGGGAUGGUACUGGAAAUCAGAUGUUACAGGUCAUGGAAAAUGGAAGAUUUGCAAAAUACAAGUAUUUUACUCAUGUCAUGAUCAAUAAAACAGAUAUGUUCAUGAUAACUAGACGUGGUGUAUUGUUUGUAACAAAGGGAACAUUUGGACAACUUACAUGUGAGUGGCAGUACAGUUUCGAUGAAUUUACCAAAGAACCAUUCAUUGUUCAUGAAAGAAGAUUGCGCAUUGAAGCAAAGGAACGGGUGAAGUCUGUAUUCCACGCCAGAGAGUUUGGAAAAAUAAUUAACUUCAAGACCCCAGAGGAUGCUAGGUGGAUCCUUACAAAGCUAGAAGAAGCAAGAGAACCUUCUCCAAGCCUCUGAGGAGAACCCUAUCAGAAGACACAGCAGUCCCUUACUCAUUUGCACACUGUACCUUCCAACAUAUCACUGUUCAGGAAGCAUAUCACAGGGGUGAUUUCUAGAUGCAUGCAUAAGGAGUCAAAUCAGGUAAAAGAGCUAUGUGAUUAAAACACUUCAACUAUUCAGAGAUCUAUUCAGUUUCCUACGUUGAAUCAUGUGUCUAGUUAUAAUUCUCAUUACUUUAUAAAAUAAAAUGUAGUUUGUUCUCUGUAGUGGUGGAAAGGUUCCCCAUGGUCUCCACAUGGAAUAAAGGUUGAUGUUUCUAGUUCACAUUUUAAACUUCUAUCAUGAUUUAGUUCAAACUUCUUGAGUCAAAAUCAGGCACUGCCUCGAUGUUGUCAAGUUGUGAUUUAUUCAGAAGUAUGAAGCUCUUUUUAUAAAUAAAUAUGUGGUACUUUCCUUAUUUUUUAAAUAAAGGGUAGAUUUGAAUUAUACUUAAAAAUGCAGCAUAAUUAUGGAAAACCAUCUCUUUUGAGAUUGGACGUAGAUUAAAUAACACCUUAAGAAAGGUUUGAAGAAAUGAACAUCACAUUUGUAAAGGGAAAGUCCCUAGGAAUUUAAAGUCUCAGAAUACUUCCUUGAUUUAUCUUAUUAGUGUUUUUAAUAGACUCUUGAUUUCAAAGGAAAAUUAUUGAAGCCUUAAUAAUACCUGCUUUAUAUUCACUGGUAACAAGAAAUAAAAUUUUCUUUAUCUUAGAUACAAUGAGUUAGGCUUUAGAGCAGAUAGUCCCUCUCAUAGUAAAUGUAUGAACUUUAAAAUUUAACCCGGUAAUGGUGAUAUAGUAACAAUCUCUGAUUUUUUUUUUUGUAAUUACAUGAGAAUCACUUCUUUAAAUGUACAGCUCAUCAAAAAAUUAUGAACUGUACAUUAGCAAAAAGGCUAUGGAGGUAUUUUUUCUUGACUUUUGUCCAUGAUCUUUGCACCUUAAUAUUUCAAGUGUAAAGGGAUGAAUGCAUGACUGUAAACUACGAACAGAAUAGGUCAGUGUCUUAGUUAUUGAGAAAUACAGUAUUUGGGUGCAUGUUGUAUGUGUCACCAAACUAUUAUAAACUGUUUUGGGAAUUGAAAACUGUAUAGUCAAUGGUUGUAAAAUUCUCAGUCUCAUCAAACCUUUGCUUUGUUGUAAAAGCUAAAAUAAACAGCAUGCUAGACUGCAACUGUAUUUCUUGUUGACCAAAACCUACUGAAUACUGCUGAUUUCUCUCUGCUUAUGAAAACACAUUAUCAGUAGUUUCCUCUAGGAUGCUUUUAUUUUGCUGAGUAUAAAUGAAAUUAGAAAAACAAAUUUCAAACCACAUCAUAGUGUGUCCCUAUGAUAAACUUUUUUCAAAUAACAUAUGUAUUUUCUAUGUUUUGGGCUUCUCCAAAUUGCAUACCUCAAAAUUUAACCUAAAAGGGGCAGGAAUUUAGCUCAGUGGUUCCUCUGCCUGCCUUGCAAGUGCAAGGACCUGAGUUCAAUCCCUGGUAUAAAAAAAAAUUUUUUUUAACCUAAAAGUAUAGGUGACUUGCAUUGGAUUGCCCUCAUCUGGAGUGUUGCUUUCCUGGAGUUCCACUCAAUGUCAUUAGUCAAAUACCUCAUUAGCCAUUCCAGUUUCAUGAUUUCAGUAUUCAGAAAAUUAGACCUAUAACUUUCUGGUUAUCCCACAAUGAAAUACCAGUGUAAAAUUAGUAACCAUAGAAAUACUUCUGGUAUCCUGCAGCUAGCAGGACUGUGUCUUAACCAGUACACAUAAAGCCAAUGUGCCUCUCCUUCAUGUUCUUUUACCACAAGAACCCAGAAAUACAUCUUCUCCUUUCUCUAUUAGGAGGAUGUGAUAGGCAGGUGAUUAUCACUGUCUAUCUCUAGAAUAGAAGGAAUCAGUUUCAAGAAUUGUUAUCAAUUAUUUUAGAAGAUUGUCUUUAUCUAAACAACUACAAAGACUAAGAAAUUAAUAGAUCACCAGAUCAUCAGUCUUUAGCAUAUCACUUUAUAGUUUACAAUUAUGUUUGAUUCAGUAGUCUUUUUUCAUGUAAUGGAGUUUGGACUAUUACUGUACUUGAAGACAGUGCCCUGAAUUACAGUGUGUGCACUGCUUUUAGUUUUUCUUUGAAAGUAUGUUUGUUUCUUCUUCCCUAGUCGUAGCACUGUCUGGAGAUUUUGCCCCAAGGUCAGUGCUGUUGAUUGAUUAUCAUAUGGUCCCUAAGUAAUCACUGCUACCUCUAGGCAGUCCUUCCUUUCUCCCCUUCUCUAUAACCCUAAUCCAUCUGAAGGCAGCUAUCUGGUGGCCUUCAAAUAAAUAACACAUUCUCCAUAAAUGUGCUUUAUUUCCCUGCAUCAUAAUUGUUUCACUUUUCCUGAUAACCUGUAGGAGCCAGAAUAUUAACCCAGUGGAUAUUUAUACACCUAGCUCAUCUCUUAGAAACAUCCCAUAAAGUUUAUUUUAUUCUUACCUAGUGAAAUAAAAAAGAAUUCUUUUGUGCCAAAUAUUCUGUAUCUUAUUUAGUCAUGCAUGGAUUGAUUGCCAGUUUUAGUUGAUCCUUCAAGCUAUGUCAAAUGUCACCUUGCAUUAAAAGACAUUAGUGGCUCCUGUAUUAAAAAGAUCGGGACACGGUGCUUGGUUAGUUAAGCAUAGAGAUUUGAACAUAAGUAUUCUACGCUUGGUUAGUGAGCCUCGAAUUUUGUAUAUAGGAGCUAACAGUGUACUCUGAAGAUGGGAGUAAGUCUCCUAGCACUGGGUGUUUCCUUGGCCCACACAACACAACUCUGAGAAAUCUUUCUGGUUCCAGGAUUUUUUUUUUUUUUAAUCUUAGGAUCCUCAAAUGUAUUGUUUUUCAAAGGAUAGGUCUUAACCCAUUAGUGGGCUAUGAAAUCAGUUAAUCCCUCAAGACCAGUAUGUUUUAUAGUAGAAAAGAAAAUAGAGAACAAUAGGUAGAACAAGUAAGAAGGUUAAAUACUGUUUCUGAAAGUAAUGUUUUUGUUAAAUACGCUAUAUACUGUGUGUACUGGGUCACAAUGUAAAUCAUUUUUAAUGUAAAUUGUACUUUUUAAAAAUAGCUUAAAAGAACCAUGUAGGAGACAUGAGCAGUCCAGUGAGUGUUGAAAGUCUGAAUAAUGUGGAGCCCUUUAAAACAUGGAGCAGCAAAUCCACAACUCAGAAAUCAUUCACAUUGUGAACACUUUCUGAGUAGAGCGAGACAGGAUAGCUCUUGUUCUGGUGUAUCUUUCCUGUGUAAUACAUAGUCUCAUGAUUCAUUGACACCAGUGAAAGCAUCAGAAAAAUUAGAUCUACAGAUGGCACCCAAAAAACACCACUGGCUGUCAUUUAGCUAAGAACAUCCUGACCUCCUUACCUUAAGUACUUUAUUGGAAUUGGGUACAGAAGUUUUGCCGUUUAAAUUGAAUUUGCUCAGCCUUCUGGCUGAUUCACCAUAUAGGUGACAAAUACCCUUCAAAACAGCUGAUAUAUAGAGUAGGGCUGAAAUACUCAUAUGCUGGGGGUUGCUAUACAAAUAUCUAUGCACUAUGACUGAAAUAAUUUCCUGAUUUAAGUAAAUAGAGAUAAUUCACAUUUCUUAUACUGACUUGAUAUAAAAUUUACUAUGAUUCCUUUUGGUGCUAUGCAGUAUUAUAAAUAGCUCCUUCACACUAAAAAGGAACCCAUUAAUCCUCCUGCAAAAUCCUUUGAGAAAUACUUUUGAAGUAAUGCUAACCUAAUCAAAAUAGCAUUAGUUAAAAUUUUGUGAUUAUUAUAAUCCAUGUUUUCAGUUAUUGGCCAAUAUAGCUAUUAAUGCAACUUUUUUCCCACUCAUCUUUCUGCCACAACUGUUCUAAAGUAGUAUUUGUUUCAGGGCUAUCUUAUAAGCCAAACUGGCCCCUUCCUACACCUUUCUGUACUCUGUGACAGACCUUAUUCAUGUUUAAUUAAAACUUUUUUCUCCUUUUUUUCUCUUUUGUGAAAUAAAUCACAUUAUAGCAUUUUUUAAAAAAUGAUAGUUUUGGUUACCCAAAGAGCUACACAAAAAUCCACCGCUUCAAAUUUUAUAGGUUUAUAUAUUUUUAAAAUUUUUAUUACUUUAUACAAAUAUAAAUUUGUAUUGUAGUUUACCACCUACAGUGAUAUAUCAAACUGCUAUAACUAAAAUGUCACUGAGAACCAUUUCAUAUUUCUCUGAUAUCUUAAUAACAUGUUCCUUCUAGUGAAGUCCAUGUAACAAGAAACCCUGUGAGACUGGUAAUAAAAUACCUUAAAUUUAGAAGUGUGCCUAACAUAAAACUAACAUAAAACAUGUUUAAAUACCUCAACAUUUCUUGUCUUGCCAUCAUAGAUCCAGUGUUCAACUGAUUAUCCAAAGAGUUUCCAAUUCUUUGGCUGAAAAAUAUUCAAACAAGACUGUAGCAUAGGUCACAUGGAAAUAUUCUCAAGAUCAGCGGUUGUACACCCACACCCACCCACAAGCUGUUAGAAAUUAUAUCUGGGGCUUGUCACAAGGUAAGGUAGAUUGUUACAGAGUUUAAAAUAGUCAUUGCUGAUGUAACUGUAUUAUAGCUAAUGAAAUUUUCAGGGAGGGAAUACGUUCCUACAAACUUUAAUUUACCAAAUAGUCUGUUUCUUUGGAAUGUUUAUUCUUUGGUAGAAAUUGGUUACUACUUAAUGAUAAUUAGGCUUUAAAAAUAUUUCUGGAUUACCGCAGUAUUUCCUUCACUUCUCUGUACCUUGUCGCUUGUAUAAGAGCUUGACCUUGUUGUCCAUUACACAGCCUCUGCCUUACUUUUUGUGUAUUUUGGUAAGACCAUGUAUAAACAAAUGUUUACAGUGAAGUUCUUAUUCUUAAAACUGACUUUAGUCUCUCUCCCCACAAAAACUUGGUUUAUAUUCACUAAUGGCUUUUCUCUAACAGUACUUAAUUUCUUAGUGUCAGGAGAUUUGGAUUGCAUGAUGACUGCUCACUUUAACCAUGUAUAUCUUUUUAAAUAAAUUAAGUCCAUUAAAGCUUUGUGAUCUUCAGUCCGCUUUGGUUUUUAGUUAUUGGAUAAAACUAGAAAGAUUAUCAGUUGCAUUCCCUCACCUAUCUAAAUUCUGCACACUGUGGUGCCUAAAUACAGGUCUUCCAGGAGACCAAGGUGUUGCUUUUUCAAUCAAAACAGACAGCAUUCCAACCCAGCAUGAGCACUGCAGACUGAAAGCUUAGGGAGCAGGUAAUACUUGGUGAACUCUGAAGCCCCAACACUGUCUCUCUCAACAAUGUCAAAUGUCUUUAUUUUCUAAGUAGUAAUGUGUAUUUUGAAAGAAGGGCUAAGGGGAGGAUUUCUAUCAGCAAGAUCAAUAUU